AUGCUGGGCAAACGGAAACGAGAGAUUGCGGUCGCGCCUCGACGACGACCGCGCAUUUCGACGGGCGACGAAGAUUCUAACCCUACGACGAGCGCCGAUGCAAGUCAUGACGUUUUUCGAAAAUAUUUUGAGUCCGCCUUUGAACCUCUUCCUGACUCGAAAACCGCAGCAUCCUUGCAUUCAGAAGGCGACGACGGGAGUGGAAGCGAGGGCGCAGGUGCCAGCCCCGCGGGCGACGAAGACAAUAACUCUAUGAGUGAAGAAUCGGCCUGGGAAGGUCUGUCAGAUACAGACCAGCAAGAUGAAGAGGUAGUAGUUGUUGAGCACAACAGUAUAGCCCAAGACCUACAGGACCUCGAAUCUCACAAGGAGCAAUAUAAGACCUUCAUGAGUACAAAACCGCCCAAGGACUCACAGCGAGCGACGAAGAAACCCCCUGAGAAGAUGAUUGGAGAAGAUGACGCAUUGGAAGCGCAAAAUUUGAAACACGACCUCGAUCUUCAACGCCUGUUGAGAGAAUCCCACUUGCUGGAACAAGCAAAGUCGUCGUCGAUGCCCGGAGCAGAGCGACAUAAGGCCAUCGAUAUGCGAAUGAAGUCAUUGGGCUCCAAAGACUCCUUGUUUCAUCAGAAAAGCAUGCCACGAUCACAUCGAGUGGGGAUUGUGACCAAGGCGGCAAGCCGUGAGGCAUUGCGCAGAAAGGAGGCAAAGGAGAAUGGUAUCAUAUUGGAGAAGCCGUCUGGAGAGUCCAGGCCCACGAACCGGAGGGAGCGUGGCGUCGAUGUCCCUGCAGUAGGUAGAUUUCGAAGUGGCACUCUGAAACUUAGCAGGAAGGAUGUCCUCGAUAUUCAACGUUCAGGCGGGGGAGGUGGCCACAAUGCCCGUCGAAAGCGUCAUUAA